AUGGCCACCAAGAAACUGAGAGAGAAAAAAAUGGGGRAAAUCUCUGUUCCCACACUCCGCAGGAACUAUGGCUUGCAUUUAUCAGCAAUGGUCAAGGUUUAUCACACCUACAGCUGGGGAGAAGACCGAGUUCAAAAACGUUUAAGGAGCCCGAAGGUGCACGAGUCCAUGGGACCUGGCAAGAUACAACCAUGGGUAUGGUUGAAAGAACUGGCCAAGAAAGUGGCUAUGACRCUGUACAACAUAUUUGAGAAGGCAUGGCGAUCUGGAGAUAAGGUAGAAUCAGGAGAUAAGGUAGAACCAGGAGAUAAGGUAGAAUCAGGAGAUAAGGUGGAACCAGGGAGUGACAGCUCAGUCAGUCUCACCUCAAUGUCGGUCAACGUCAUGGAGCAGCUCCUCCUGGAAACUAUGCUAAGGCACAGGGAAAAUAAUGAGGUGAUUGUUAGCAGCCCACAUGGCACCACUAAAGUCGAACCAUGCCUGACAAAUUUUUUGGCYGUCUACGAUAGGGUUACGGCAGUGGUGGAUGAGGGAAAGGCAACAGGCAUGGUCUCCCUGGACUUGUACCAAGGCACUGUCCCGCGGGACAUCUAUGUCUCUAAAAUGGAGAGACAUGGAUCUGACGAAUGGGCCACKGGGUGGAUAAAGAAUUGGCUGGAUGAUCACUCUCAAAGCGCUGCGGUCAGUGGUGCAAUGUCCAAAUGGAAAACAGUGCCAAGUGGCAUUCCUCAGGAGUCGGUAUUUGGAUUGGUCCUUUUUAACAUCUUUGUUGGUGACAUAGAGAGUGGGCUUCAGUGCCCCCUCGGUGAGUUCACCGAUGACAACCAGAUGUGUGAUGCGGUCAGCACUCUGGAGGGAAGGAAUAACACCCAGAGAGAYCUUGUCAGGCUUGAGAGGUGGGCCCAGGUCAUCCUCAUGAAGUUCAGCCAGGCCAAGUGUGAGGUCCUGCACCUGGUUUGGCGCAGUCCCGAGAACAAUUUCAGGCUGGGAAAAGAAUGGAAAGAGAUUAGCCCUGGGGAGAAGGACUUGGAACUGCUGGUAGAUGAAAGGCUCGACAUGACGCAGCAGUGCGUGCUAGCAGCCCAGAAAGCCAUCUGCAUCCUKGGCUGCAUCAAAAGCAACACGGCCAGCGUGUCAAAGGAGGUGGCUCUCUCCCUCUACUCUGCUCUGGUGAGACCCCACCUGGACUACUGUGUGCAGGAGUGGGGCCCCCAGCACCAGGAAGAUGUUGACAUKUUGGAGCAAGUCCAGAGGAGACUCAUUAAGUUGAGCACAGGGCUGGAGCCCAKCUCCUAUGYAGACAGGUUGAGAGAGGURGGGCUGUUCAGCCUGGAGAAGAGGAGGCUCCGGGGAUAUCUAAUAACAGUKUUCCAGUACCUAAAGGGAGCCUGCAAGAGAGCUGAGGAGGGGCUUGUCACAACGGCAUGUAGCGACAGGACAAGGGAGAAUGGCUUUAAGCUGAAGGAGCAGCAGCAGCCAAAAGUCACCAUGGCCACAGCUUUGGAUCAGUCCAUGCUUGCUCAAGCACCUUAUAAAGAAACAGCUUUAGCAAAUGGGGCUCUUGGCGAAGAUNUUCUGAUCAGUUGA